AUGUAUAAGUUGCAGAUUGAACUUGUUCCGCUUAAUAAUGCAUCCAAUGCAGCUUCAGUUAUAAAUGACCCAUACAAUCAAUUUUAUGGCAAUGGUAAUAAUAAUUCUAUUUCGUCUGAUUUGAAAGGUAGAGUACCAUCUUUUCAGGUAUCCCAAUUGCAUCAAUACCAAGAUAGAACAUUCACAAACACAAAUAACAGUUUCGUGCUACCUUCGCAUUCAUCAUUUAAUAAUAAUGGUAAUAAAAAAUUCUUACUUUUCACAAAACAAUCUAAUUCCUUAUAUGAUUUAUCCCAAGAAAUCAUAGCAAAAUGUGAGAAAAUGUACUCGGACAUGAAGCAAACUAUAGAUAUCGAAAGUUUACAAGAUUGCAAUGGAUGUGACUUAGAUCCAGAUUUCAUUGUUAAAGAUGUUUUUCUUUAUGAUAACAAUGUGAGGGUCAUUUUGAAACAUGAUAUCGAAUUCAAUAACGACAAAAGAUCAGUCUCAUCAUACGGACUUUCUAAAAAGAGAAAAAUGAACAAUGGUGUGGCACAACAAAUUUCUGCCCCACUCUCUUCUCCUUACCGUGACCAAAGUUCAAAAACAAAUAACAAAUUAAGAAUUUCAACUCCAUUGGCAAAUCAAAUAUAUCCCAAUCAAACUCAACAGAAGAAGGAACAAUUGGCACUUGCAACACAGGUCGAUACUGCUGCUGUUGACAGAUCAUUUCUGCCUCCUCCUUUCCAGCCACAAUCUCCAGGCAUAGUUAUUAGUUCAGGAGCAGAUAAAUCAAAGAGAAUCUUAUCAAUGGAUGAUCAAAAUAAUUCAGUUUCAAAAUCAGAAACUGUAGAUCCGGAUAAAUCAAAACGUCAAAUUUUAUUAUCUGGUGCUCCGCUAAUGUCAACAAUGACUCCAAAUAGAGUAACUUUAACUGGCCAGCGAGUUGUUUCGGAAAAAUCAAAUAUUAAUAGUAAAGAAGUGUUUACAUCCAUGGAAAAGAACGGACUCAAAACUCCAAGAAUUACAUCCGGUAUGUUAAAGAUUCCUGAACCAAAAAUACAAGAAGCUGAACGAGCUUUACAAGAAGGACCUUCCAGCCCUGCUUCUGCAUUGCCAUUGAAAAAUAAUAUAACUCCAAAGAAGGACAAAAGUGAUAAUAUUACUUUUAGUUCGGAGGAUGAAGACAGGAAAGACUCUAGUUCGAAACCUUCAAAUUAUCAUGAAAGAUCUAUCGCCAACGAUAAUGGCUCCCCAGUAAGGCAAGCUCAAUUUGAUGAUAAAUUCCAGAUUCUUAACUUAAAAAAUUUACCUUCUUCAAACGAAGCGCCUGCACAGCUAAGAAAGUCAUCCCUAGAGGAAAAAGUGCAAUCAAAGUCAAAUUCUGAUCUAUUUGAAAAAGUCGAACCAAGGAUUAUAAACAAUUUCAAUGAGAUUAAAGAAGGAAAUACUGAAGCAAUCAAUCCUAAAAUUUCAAAGUUGUUUUCAAAUUCUCGAAGCAUAGUAGGAAGUAAAGCAGACUCCUCUCACUUUGAAAGUAAAAAUACAGAAUCCAUUGAUGAUAAAGCUGCUACUGACGAAGAUGAAGACGAUGUUGGGAAUGAAACUGUAAGAAUCAAUAAAAAUAUAACAACGAAUACUGCUCCAGUUAACUCUGACGCUGAAAGAAGAAAACUGGAACAAGAAGAAAAGAAGAAAUUGGCGCAAAUGAGAAAGAAGGCAGCUGAAGAAAAACAAAUAUUGCUCGAGGUAGAGAAGCAUAGACUAGUUGAAGCAGCAAAACAGAAGGCAGCUGAAGAAAAACAAAGAUUGCUUGAGGAAGAAAAACAGAAGGCAGCUGAAGCAGCCAGGAAGAAAAUUGCUGAAGAGAAACAAAGAUUACUUGAAGCAGCCAAGAAGAAGGCAGCUGAAGAAAAACAAAGAUUACUCGAGGAAGAAAAACAGAAGGCAGCUGAAGAAAAACAAAGAUUACUCGAGGAAGAAAAACAGAAGGCAGCUGAAGCAGCCAGGAAGAAAAUUGCUGAAGAAAAACAAAGAUUACUUCAGGAGAAGGAAAAGAAGGCAAUUGAGGAGAAGCAAAAACUAGUUCAGCAGAAGCAAAGAUUAGAUAAAGUCGCCAAACAGAAGGCCAUGGAGGAGAAAUAUAAAUUACUUGAAGAAGAAAAGAAGAAAUCAGCUGGCCAUCAACCAGCUAGUACUUCAGUUGCCACACCAGUGAACUCUAUAGCUGGUGUGAAUAUAUUGAAAGAAUUAAAAGCAAAAUAUACUGAUCCUCAACCUAGAGUCUCUUCCGGUUUGAAACCAAACUCAAAUUCUUCUGAUGAUUCAAGUGAAGAUGAUUCAUCAAACUCAUCAUCUAGUGAGCAAAGUUCCAGCUCUGAAGAAUCUGGCGAAGAAGAAAACUCUCACAAAAAGGUAAGAAGAGGCAUAGUUGGAACACCGAAAGGCCAACUAGGGACCAGAACGCCACCUCUAAGGUCAACUUCUUCAACUGCUACAACUAGCCUUUUAAAUAACGAUGAUAAAAGUAAAAUGGCUGUUACCAAAAAAUCUCCAUCUGAUAAGAUAGAAGAAUCUUUGUCAAUCGCUUCAACCCAAAAAUCACCUAUUGCAAUUUCAAAGUUACCUCCAAAAAUGAGGCCAUCACUGAGUUCAUUAUCUGAUUUGGUUUCUAGAGGUGUACCUGAUGUAAGAGAAAAAAGUUUCAAGUUUUCACAAUCACCGAAGCAAGCAUCAAUAAAAGAAGCUUCAUAUACUUCUUCAUCAUCUUCAAAUGAUUCGACGACCGAUUACAGUAGUGACUCAAGUGAUGAUUCUGACUCCAGCAGUUCAUCAGAUGAUUCUGAAGGUUAUAUUAGCAUAAAAUUUGCAAGCCAAAAUUAA